AUGGCACACAACGCCUUUGCUAACCUGCUGGCAGAAGUAGCCACCCAAUCAAAGCAGACAUUCACCGCCAGCACAUCUCAAAUCAAGCCGGCAUCCAUUGCGGGCAGGCACGACGACUUCCUCGCAUUGCAAUCCUCGCUCCUCCUCUGCUACAAUGCUCAUCUCGCAGCAAUUGCAUCGCACAGAGCACUCGGCUUGUCGCUCAGCGACUCUAAUGGCGCAGAGAUGGUGCAGAAUCUCGUCAGGCUAAGACUGCACCUCGAGAAGAUGAAGCCCAUCGAGGCGAGGAUGCGUCCAAGGUGGGCCAGGUGGAUUAAGGCUGCCCAAGUUGCCAAGAAUGACGCCAACGGAGACGAGCAAGAUGAAGAGGUCACUUUCCGACCAAACCCAGGCGCUCUUCUCGAUACCACUCCGGCACCCGUCGAAAGCAAAGCCUCGCGCUCCUCGCGUUCCUCGCGUCAGGCCGAAUCCUCUUCUUCAGUCUAUCGCCCUCCCAAAAUGGCCGCAGUACCCUACAACCCUCGCGACGACAGGUACGGCCUCAACGACAAGGAAGCUCGGGCUCGCAGCGCCCAGAACACGCACCUCCUCUCCGACCUCUCUACCUCGCUCUCGUCCAAUCCUUACUCGGAAGCCACAUCUGGUCUCGCCACAGGAAGCCGCGGAUCCAACACCAACGUCUCUGCACGCGCUCGCAAGUUGGCAGAAAUGAAAGCGUACGAAGAGGACAACUUCACGCGUCUGGCACAGUCCAAGAAGGAUGCCAGACAGCGCAGAAGAGAUGAAGAGGAUGUGGCCCUCGGUGGAGCCACGACUGCUGGUGUGGGCAGAGGUGGCAAGGUUGGCGCCGGUCUAGAGGAGGAGUUUGGCGACUUGCUGCGUGGCCACGGCAAGAAGAGGGGCAGGGGGGAGCUUGACGAUUUGAGAGGCAGGAGUAAGGCUGCGCGUGGGACUGGCGGCGAAAAGGGUGGGCAUCGUUCCAGCGGAGGUGGUACAGGCGGUAACCGCUUUCAGAAGGCAGUCAAGUCGCAUCACAAGCGCAAAUGA